UUCACAUCGGGUAGUGGCGCUGCAUCACUAUUGGCAAGCUCGCAGCGUAGAUGAUGUCGUAGAUCGCUAGAGAUCGAUUGGCAGGCAGUCUAUAUUUGACCUUGACAUCGUAGACCCACGUUGUUGGGUUGUAUCGUUGCUCCUGGUAUCGCUGUAUCGCAGCCAGUCCAUCUUCUUAUCUGCGUACAUGGCACAGAAAUGGCGGACAUAGGCCCUAUACAGGAGUUCCGUGAUGCAGUGCGGAGCAACAAUGUAACAAAGAUUGAAGGCCUCCUAUCAACGAUUGACUUCGCAAAACUUGAUGGAGUGACAGCCAUGACAGCCCUUGACAUCGUUGUGAAAGGUAACCAGCACGCGCCAACAGUUCAAAGGAUCCUUCAAACUGGGGUGGACGUGAACAAUGCAAAAUUGGGGUUACCGCUCAUUGCAGCAAUAACACAAGGAUCCUCUGAGCUGGUGCAGCUCCUUCUUGCCUCUGGAGCAGACCCGCUAAAAAGUGAUGGCCAGACCAAUGCGUUAGCUUGUGCCAUUGAUACAAAUAACACAAAUAGCAUGAUAAUUGCUCAGCUUCUCAAGCAAUAUGAUGGACUUGGUAACCAUGGUGACAGUGACAACAGGGGACGGGCGUUGUAUGCAGCUUGUUGCAUUGGAGAUUCAGCGCGGGUGAAGCAGUAUUGUGAGGAGGGCACAGCUAUUUCCAGUUGCCAUCAGUUACAGCUCUAUCCUUUGAUGCAAGCAUGUGGGAGGGGCCAAACUGAUCUGGUAAAGUGUUUGUUGGAGCAGGGUGCGGAUGUACAUGAAGAGAAUAGCUUCGGGGAGACAGCCUUGGGGUUUUGUAUCUUCAGCGGCAGUUCGGAAAUACUGGAAAUUCUGUUGCUGAACGGAGCAGAUAUUCGUAAAGAGGUGACAAGGCGUUAUCAGGGUCAAAGUCAACGACUGACACCCUUGAUGUGGGCCUGUUUCAAGCAGAGAAAAAUAAUACAAAUUCUUCUUGCCAACGGUGCUGAUGUCAAUGCUGUAUCAGAUGACAUUUUGCACACCACUGCGUUGCAUUUGACAUCUGAAUCUGCUAGAGACAAUGUCAUGUUGGCCAGCGGAUUUGCUGCAAUUGACACGGAUCGGAGCGUUGUGGAAGAAUUGCUGGAACGCGGGGCAAGACCUGAUGUGAAGGACGGCACAGGUCGAACGCCUUUAGAUCACCACAUACACGAUUUAACACAAAGCUUCUAUUACAUGGACUCUGAUAUUGGUUCAAGUGACAUCUGCAAAACAACGGCUAUUAUCAACCAGAUUAUUAUUUCAAGCAAGCCUCAUUCGAUUUCAAGAGGAAGCAUUGGCGCAAUAAAGAUGAUGUUUUUUGCACAAAAUGCUGUGUGUGUUCUAAACAUAAUACCCGUUUGCGAAAAGGUGCUGAUACUCGGGAGCGUAGACAGCUUUUUGAAACAUCUGAUUUACGCUGGAAUGAUGAAGCCUUCGUCCUCACUUUCAGAAAGGUACACAGCAUUUGUAAGUGACUUCGCAGAUAGUGAUGAGUCAUCAGUUUGGUUGUCUAGUCUGCUGCACACUGGGUUGUCUCUGAAGGAACAGUGUAGACUAGAACUUCGUGGAAAAAUCCGUUAUCCCCUUAAAAAGAAGAUAAUGUCGGAUGGUAUAUUACUACCUCCCUUACUUAGGAAGUAUGUUUUGUUGGAUAGACUUUGAUUCUUAUGUAUUUGUAACUUCAGGUUGCCUUCAGACCAUUUACAGGGUUAAGUCUAGAAAUAUUGAUGAUUCGCGAAAUCCGCCGAUUCGGAAUGGUCUGACGUCUAGCAAAGUGAUUGCCCAGCUGAAGUGCAGUUGACUUGGUUCCCCAAGGGUCAGAUCCGAUCCGGAGAAAAUUGGGGUGGGGGUUGGGGUGUUAUUUUACGAUCGCUGCCCUCCGUCAGCGCACUCGCGUGCAGGAUGUGUUGUUACAAUGAACAACAACCGCUGAUUUCUCCCUAGGCUUAUGUUUGUUCAAUUGCAGUGCGGAGAUGUUGCAAGUAAGUGUUGUCGAACAUAGCAGAUGCGGAAAGUUUGGUGGUAGAUUUAGUGUUGUAGCAAGCAAAACUUUUAUUUCAGACGAAAAUGAGAGAGAAAAGAAUGACAGUUCAGUUACAACCCUGUCUCAUCCGAAACAGACAUUCUUUAUCAGGCGUAUACGACAUAGGAGUAAAAAAGCCUGGUCUCAGGAUGGACAUUAUUGUAAACUCCCACCCAAAUCUAAAUUGUACUUUAGUACGAAUUAAACAAAAUAACAUUUCGUCAUCCUCUUCGUAU